UAUAUAUGAAAAAUAAAUAUUAAAUAUGCUUAUUAAAUCUCCUUUAAGAUAUGCAUAGGCAAUACAUUAUGCAGUAUUACGGYUUCAUUUUGCAUGCCUUAUCAGAAAUGGCUAAUGUACGAGAUGAGUCUAUAUAGUAACUUGUGUUGUAUUUCUGUAAAUUAUAAUCUCGUACAAAGUAAUAUGGAUGUGUUACGUCCUAAGAUAUUGAAUAUUGAUGGUCGAAAAUAUCGUUUAAAUACCACCGAUUGUUGUUCAAACGAGUAUGAUGAAACAGAAAUGGACAAACAUGAAAUACAAACGCACAACACGGAAAUAUCAGAAAUUCUUCCAUCUUAUAUCGAAAGAGAUGAUAUCGAAGAAGAAUGCGAUGAUUUGAAUAUUUACUUGGAAGGUGGUCGAAAUGUACUGAAAAUAGAAGUGCCAAAUACAUUUUAUGGUUUGAUCAUCGGUAGAAAUCGAGAGAAUCUAAAAAAUCUUKAAUAUCAAACAAAAACUAGAAUUAAAAUUCCUAACAUAAAAGAAAAGAAUAUAAUAACUAUAAAAGGAGAACAAAGAGCGCACRUCAUUGCUGCUAAAUCAAAAAUUGAUGCAAUUAUAAAGAGAGGUCGAUCCAAACAGAGUAUGACUCAUUUUGUAUCCUUGCCAAUGGUCAAUCCAAUUGUGAUUGAAAACUAUUUGGCUUUCAAGAAUAUGGUUCUUGAUGAGUGUGGCCAGUGCCGUGGUGUCAAUGAUCUUUUAUUUCAAGAUCCCUUAAGACUUCAUUUAACGAUUACCUGUUUUGUUCUAUGCGAUGCAGCAGAGAUAAAAAGAGCUAUCAAAUUGAUGGAACAGUGUGAAAAUACUAUAAUUAAAUCUAUGAAUUUGAAAUCCUUAGACUUAUUGGUGUCUGGAUUAGAUUAUAUGAAUGACGAUCCAUCGGAAGUGAAUGUUUUAUAUGCCAAAGUAAAAAAUCCUGAGAUUCAAAUGUUGGCAGAUAAUAUACAAACAUUUUUCCAAGACUGUGAUUUGGCGUUACAACCCAGAAGUAAUCAUGUAAAAUUACAUAUAACUUUGAUGAAUUCUGGAUUCCCUGAAUAUCAAUGCAGUGUUAAUGGAAAUUCUGGCAAUCGAUCUCAUCUUACUUUUGACGCUAAAAAAAUAAUAGAAAAAUUUAAUGAUUAUUCAUUUGGAACGGUACAGCUGACAGACAUUCAUCUGUCGCAACGCCAUACUACUGAUUCAAAUGGGUACUACAAAUCAUCAUUUGUACUAAAACUUUAACCAUGAACUUCAGACCAUCAACUGUGGUUUUAGAAAAAUACUCUCAUCAUUGAAUUAAUUAAAUAAUAAAACGAAAAAAAACUACUUGAAUUUAAAAGUAAA